GACAGCGGCUGCUGGAUGCUGUACGAGCGCCCCCACUACCAGGGCCACCAGUACUUGGUGCGGCGCGGCGACUACCCCGACUCCCAGCACUGGAUGGGCCAAAGCGACUCCAUCCGCUCCUGCCGCCUCAUCCCCCCCCACACGGGCGCUUACAGAAUGAGGAUCUACGAGAGAGAUGACUUCAGAGGACAAAUGUCAGAAAUCACCGAUGACUGUCUCUCUCUUCAGGACCACUUCCACCUCAAUGAAGUCCACUCCCUCAACGUGCUGGAGGGCUGGUGGGUCCUCUACGAGAUGCCCAGCUACCGGGGAAGGCAGUACCUGCUGAGGCCGGGGGAGUACAGGAGAUAUCUUGACUGGGGGGCUGUGAAUGCCAAAGUUGGUUCUUUUAGACGAGUCAUGGAUUUUUACUGA